GUGGUGCAAAGAGAUGUCCGAGGGCAAAACCGUUGAGACCACCCUGCCCCAAACCAGACAGGGCAAGGUGCAGAUGCACAGCUUAGACGUGGGUGUGAAAGGGGGAGAGGAGAUAACUCUCAGGGCCAACGACACUCGGUACAGUUCGGUACUUCGCCUGGACGCAACUGGCAAUACGCAGAAGAUAGUGCUGGCGGUGCCGGAGAGGGGCACGCUCAGAACACGCACCCAAAAGCAGUACGAAUUGGGUGUCAAAGUAACGUACAACACCGGUGUCUACGCCCGUACGCGUCUAGUGCAGAUACUUCCUAACAUGCUGUUCUUGAAUGUGUUUGGUUUUCCUUUGGAGUAUGUGCAAGACAAUCUCAACGAUCCAGCUGUCACCAUCACACCUAUGAAGACAAUGCCGUUCCAUUGGCCAGCUAAGAGAGAUGUACAACUCUUGAGAAUUAGGGCCAAGGUACCCAUCCCUAAUUCCAGUGACGAAUCAGGUCGAAACGAUGUGUGGAACUGGAGCGAACCGUUUGCACUGGUCCCUCAACAGCUCACCCACUUCACAGUCAAGCUUCGAGGAAACCGAAAUAGGGAGUUAGUUGGGUACAUCCCUGUGUCGGUCACUUGGGUGAAGGCUGGACAUGUGGUACUAUUUGGUCGCCCGUACGGCAAAGAACCCACCAACUACGUCAUCCGCAACAACACUGCUCUGCGGCUGGAGUACUGGCAGGACGGUGUGGAGAAAGAAACACUCAGUCCCCACAGCGAAGUAGUCUAUGGCUUUGACCGACUGUUGGGCCCACAGUUCAUCAACGUACAAGUUAGCAACGACGAUCUUACGGCACGCUCAUAUGACAUGAACAGUCUUAUCAACAAAUUCUCACCCGUGGAGUACCUGCGCGUCUUCCAACUGGUAGCCAUGAACGACUCGGUGCUUGAAGUAUGCAAGACCAGAGACGGCCAGGCAACCAUCCGUUUGUGGCCUAAACGAGACCGUACCGCUAUGGAAUACCGGUAUCAGAUGUGGAGUCUCACCGCAAACGGCACACUGGUCAACCCGGCGAGCGGAUUGAUUGCGCAGGUGUAUGGCGAUGGAUUAUAUCCGGGUGCACGUCUUUACAUGAACGAUCCGCAACGCAGGGCCACAGAGCAGUGGCAGUUGUUGCCAAUGGUACCGAACAUUUCAAGUGCACGGCAGACAAAUCUGGUUUGGGAAUUGGAUGCAGAUGAUCUGAAAUCGGGAUGUUUCCUGAAAUUGGCGCCCCGCAACCCCCAAAGCCAACUGCAGAAUUUCCGACCGGUUUAUCUCACCCAGGGUACGGGAGUCCUAGCUCCGCGCAUAGACGUGGAUGGUCCCACGCGUAUCCUGGAGUUCUCCGACGGACGACCGUUGUCUGAAGGUCGGAGAGUGGCUCAUGGCGUUAGUAGAGCUUCGUUCCGAUCUUUGCCUGGCAUGGCUUCAAUGGGUCUGCUUGGCUCGGGUGGCGAAGGUAGUGAGGUUGCCAUGGCAACCACCGACGGCGACCUUGAUGGGGACGUCUCCAGGUCGGAUCUGGCUGUACGGUAG